CAUAGGUAUCAUAGGUUCAGACAUAAUGCGGCUUAAGAGGGUACAUAAUCCUCUAAACAUGAAAAGCACGUAAUUUAAAAAAAAAGACUAUUUUGUUAAAAUUCUGGGUUCGUAUAAAAGCCAGCAUACACAGAGGGACCCCAGGAUCGUGUUUGGGAACCAUUAGCCAAGACAAUUUAUGAUAGUUAGCCACAGGUUGCGGUACGAUCUUCCUUUCAGUCCCUUACAGCGGAUCCAGGAGUAGUUCACCCACUCGCUGAACUUUUAAAUCGUUUUUUAAGAAGCGGGAGCUUGAUCCGAAUCUAUAUUUUUGAGCAGGGAGUUCACGACGAAAGUCAUUUUUCUUAUUUGGCAGGAACUGUAGGCAUUCCGUCUCUGAAAAGACAUGUCGGCGUCUCUAUGGCAACCUGGAACAACAACUUGGCGAGAAAGUGCAGCGUGAGAGAGGAGGACCUCGAGGCACAAGCCCUGGAAGGUCCCAAAUUAGCCCAUGUUGCGGAAUUGGAUAAUUGGCACAGCACAUAACGAUGGAAAAACGCAGUGGCGAUUCUGAACGGUUGUCUAAGUGUGCAAAUGCUGUAUUAACACUUUUAGCUAAAACUCGACAAAAUGAAAACACAGAUUAUACCUCACAUUCAACAAAAUCCACCUUUAGGACCAGACCGAUCCAGCAAACAGCUCCAGUGGAGAAUGUGAAAGAAAUCCAGCAAAAAUUGAAGGAAGAGCGGGAGGCCAAACGUGCCCAGCUGGAUGGCAGACAUGACUAUGUCCUCAGCAUCGUGGCAUCCUGCCUGGACCUGGAGAAGGCUGAUGUAGAGGAUGCCAUUCUGGAAGGCACACAGAUUGAUCGAAUGGAACACUUCUUUGCUGCCGGGGGACUUUCCCAUAUCAUGUUCUACUACCAAGAGGUGGAGCCAACAGAAGCAGCGGCUGCCUCCCUCAGCCGGAAUAAGAAACCCAAAGUGUUUGUGACAGAGGGCCGAGACGUGGCUCUGAAUGGAGUGUGUGUGUUUUUCACGAGAGCCAACAACUCCAAAGCCAUCACCUCUGAGAAUGUACACAGGGAUGUGAACUUUAACAUGCUGGACACCACGGAAGUGGGUCUGUUGAAAAGUGUGGAGCAGCUGCUGUCCGAGAUCUUCAUCCCCACUCUGAAGAAGAUGCACCAUGGCUGGGGGGAGCUGGCCAACCCCCAGGCCCUUGCGGUCAGGCAGGAUUUUCUCAGCUCCCUGGAGAGCUUUGUGGCUGUGCUUGGAGGGGCUCAGGAGAGCCUUAUGGAGAAGGUCACCUUAAAAGAAUGUGACACAUUUGACUUAAAGACCCUUAAAGGACCCUCUGACUACAUUGCUGUAGCUAACAGCACAGAAGCACUGGAGAAAAUAGAAGCCUGCAUGAAAGUGUGGAUCAAGCAGAUCGAACAGGUACUGGCAGAGAGCAAUCAGCUUAGGAAGGAGGCGGAUGACCUGGGCCCUCGGGCUGAGCUGGACCACUGGAAAAAGCGAAUGUCCCGCUUCAACUACUUGCUGGACCAGCUGAAGAGCCCUGAUGUGAAAGCAGUGCUGGGAGUCCUUAUGGUAGCCAAGUCCAAACUCAUAAAGUCUUGGCGAGAACUGGACAUCAGGAUCACAGAUUCAGCGAAUGAAGCCAAGGACAAUGUGAAGUACUUGUACACGCUGGAGAAGUUCUGCGACCCUCUGUACAAUAGCGACCCUGUCUCCAUGGUGGAGGCAAUCCCAGGACUUAUCAAUGCCAUCAGGAUGAUUCACAGCAUCUCUCGCUACUACAACACCUCUGAGAAAAUCACCUCCCUUUUUGUGAAAGUUACAAAUCAAAUGAUUACAGCCUGCAAGGCCUACAUCACUAACAGUGGCACUGCCACGAUCUGGGAGCAGCCCCAAGAUGUUGUUGCCGAGAAACUAAAGGCUGCUAUCCACUUGAACAAGGAGUACCAGAGCUGUUUCCACAAAACCAAACAAAAGCUGGAACAGAGUCCAUCGGAGAGACAGUUUGAUUUCAGUGAGAUGUACAUCUUUGGGAAGUUUGACACUUUUGAAAAGCGCCUCAACAAGAUACUUAGCAUGUUCAGCACCAUCAGCACAUACUCAGCCCUGCAGGACUCCCAGAUUGAGGGCUUGGAGACCCUGGCUACCAGAUUUCAGACUGCAGAAAUGCAGGAAAAAUGGGAGGGCAUUGUGUUAACUAUGAAGAGGAAACAGUACAGUUUCCUUGACCAACGAAGAAUGGACUUCGAUCAGGAUUAUGAGGAGUUCUGUAGAAAUACCAAGGAGCUUCAUAAUCAGUUGAAGACGUUUAUGGAAAGCACAUUUGAUAAAAUUCAGAAUACUGAAAGAGCCUUGAGUGUGCUGAAGAAAUUUGAAAGACUUGGCAUUCCUGAGCUAGGAAUUGACGAGAAGUACCAGAGAAUUCUUCAGAACUAUGGAAGGGACAUUGAGAUGGUGUCCAGGAUUUAUACCAAACAGAAGGGCGAUCCACCUAUUGCUCGAGACCUGCCACCUGUAGCGGGCCGGAUCAUGUGGGCCCGGCAGCUGUUCCGUCGCCUGCAGCAACCCAUGGACCUCUUCCAGGAGCACCCUGGGGUUCUGUCCACCCCAGAGGCUAAGCGCAUCAUCCGUAACUACAAUAGGGUGGCCUCUGUUCUGCUGGAGUAUGAGGUGCUGUACCACCGUGGCUGGCUCAAACAGAUCGAGGUGGCCAAAGCAGGCUUGCAGGCCUCUUUGCUGGUCAAGUCCUCAGAGACGGGGGAGCUGUUUGUGAACUUUGACCCUCAGAUCCUGACCCAGAUUCGGGAGACAGAUUGCAUGACGAGAAUGGGGCUAGAGACCCCACCCUUUGCUACUAUCCUGCAGCAGAAACAGGAUGCCCUCAAGAGGAACUACAACAAACUGCAGCUGGUCCUCACAGAGAACGCCAGAGUACGGGGAAAGAUUCAGACUGCCUUCCUCCAGCUGGCCACCCCCCAUCUGGCCAAAGUGGAUGAGGCUGUCCUACCAGGCUUGACUUUCCUCAAUUGGUCCUCCUUGAACAUAGAAAAGUACAUCAACCGUAUAAUGACCGCCCUUGCGGACCUUGAGUUGCUGAUGGACAGAGUGAAUGACCUGGCGGAGUUCCGCAUCGAUGCCGUUCUGCAGGAGAUGAGCAGCGCUACGCUAUGCCUGCUUCCUGAAGAUGAACCUUUUACUUGUGAGGAGUUUGUCCAGACCACAAGGGACCUCUGCAUUAAGGCAGCUCAGAGUUUACACAAUAAAAGCUCAUUGGUAGAGGAAGCAGCCAAUGAGCUGAUCAAUAUACUCCUGGACUUCGAGCAGCACAGAGAGGGGGAGCAGAAGGCCCGCGAGCACAGCAGAGCUGAGAGCGGAGAGACCCAGGAGCACAGUGAUGGGGAAGAAGAAGGGAGGUCAGAGGUCAGACUGCUAUCCCGGAACACCACGGCGGCCAGCACAGGGAACCCCUCGCCCCUGACCAGGAGGAGGAGGAAGAGGGAUCUCAUGGAGGUGAUGGAGGAAGAGGCUGAGGAGCUGCUUUCCCAUUUCAACCAUCGCAACGUUGACGCGCUGCUGCGUCUGACGCGCAACACCCUGGAGGCCCUGCGCAAGCGCAUCCACGCCUCCUCCCUGCUGCACUUCCUGGCCGAAAGCGACUCUCCCACUCGACAGAAAGGCAGUGGACAACAGCCCAUCUUCCGGGCCAAUGUCACGCUGUCCAUUCCUAACAUCGUUAUGGUGCCGGUACUGGAUGAGAUCCAACAGGCUCUGAACCGGGCGGUGGAGUGUGUGGUCAGCGUCAGCAAAGGAGUUGGCCAGUGGAGUAAGGAGAGGAUCUCUAAGGGGAAGAUGUGUGAGAGACGAAUGGCUGCUUUGAGGCAGGACAGCAGAGACAGCGACUCAGAAGAAGGGGAGACCUUCAGGAGCCUGGCUGAUGGCAGUACUUCAGACAUCUCGGCCUCUGUGAACCAGACCAUACCCUUCCAGUCCAGGAACUACUACAAGAGUGUUUCAGAGAACAAGGAGAUUGUUAAGCUGGUGUCAGUGCUGAGUACCUCUAUCAACUCCUCCAGAAAGGAUGUGACGAACGCUCUGGAUCGAUUCAGUCGAUAUCACCACAUCUGGAGGAAGGAUCGGGAUACCACGAUCCUGGAGUUCAGUCAGGGCAGCCCCCUUCUCUCUGAAUUUGAGUCUCAGAUCCUCUACUACAGAGACCUGGAGCUGGAGAUCAAUGCUGAGCCUGAGUUUGUCACUGUGGGAGCCCUGGCUCUCUACACAGCUGACCUGAAAAUGGCUCUGACAGCUGAAACCAAGGGCUGGAUGGUGGACUACGGUCACCACUGCAACAGGAAGUACCGGACAGAGAUGGAACAUAUUUUUAGCUGUGUGGAAGAAGCCAGCAAGAAACUCAACCGUCAGAUCAAGGACCUGGACGAUAUCCGCAUUGCUAUGGCAGCACUGAAGGAAAUCAGGGAGCAGCAGAUCACCAUUGAUUUCCAAGUGGGCCCAAUAGAGGAGUCCUAUGCCAUGUUGCACAAGUACGAGCUGUCCGUCGCCAAGGAGGAGGCGGAGCGGGUGGAUACUCUGCGCUACACAUGGGAAAAGCUUUUGGCCCGAGGCACAGAGGUGCAGAAUGAGUUGGUCUCCCUUCAGCCCAACUUCAGGGGUGAACUCAUCAGCAAUGUGCAGACCUUUGUGGAAGACUGCAACAACUUCUACCAGGACUAUGAUAAGGACGGUCCCAUGGUUGUUGGUCUCGCCCCUCAGGAUGCCAGUGAUAGGCUCAUAAUGUUCCAGAAUCGCUUUGACAACCUAUAUCGUAAAUAUGUCACCUACACUGGAGGAGAGGAACUGUUUGGCCUCUCUGUUACUCAGCAUCCUCAGCUACUGGAGAUCAGGAAGCAGCUGACCCUUCUACAGAAGCUCUAUGGCCUCUACAACAAUGUUAUUGACACAGUUAAUGGCUAUUAUGACAUUCUGUGGGCCGACAUCCACAUUGAAAGGAUCAAUAAUGAGCUUCUGGACUUCCAGACACGGUGUCGAAAGCUCCCUCGUGCUCUGAAAGAGUGGCAAGCCUUUCUAGACCUGAAGAAAACUAUUGACGAAUUCAGUGAGUGCUGCCCCUUAUUGGAGCUGAUGACUAACAAAGCUAUGAUGACACGUCACUGGAAGAGGAUCACAGAGGUGACUAGACACAGUUUUGAGGUGGAGUCAGACACUUUUAAGCUCCGGAAUAUCAUGGAAGCCCCUCUUCUGAAAUGUAAAGAGGAAAUUGAGGACAUUUGUAUCAGUGCAGUGAAAGAGCGAGACAUUGAACAGAAACUGAAGCAGGUGAUUGCAGAGUGGGACAAUAAGACCUUCACCUUUGCCAACUUCAAGACGCGUGGGGAAUUGCUUCUGCGUGGAGACAGCACUUCAGAGAUCAUCGCCAGUAUGGAGGACAGCCUUAUGGUCCUGGGCUCUCUCAUGAGUAACAGAUAUAACACUCCAUUCAAGACACAGAUCCAGAAGUGGGUUCAGAAUCUUUCCAACACUACAGACAUUAUUGAGAACUGGAUGACUGUUCAGAACCUCUGGAUUUACCUGGAAGCAGUAUUUGUGGGUGGAGACAUAGCAAAACAGCUACCAAAGGAAGCAAAACGGUUCUCUAACAUUGACAAGUCGUGGGUGAAGAUAAUGACUCGUGCACAUGAGAUGCCCAAUGUGGUGCAGUGCUGCGUGGGAGAUGAGACCAUGGGCCAGCUGCUUCCCCAUCUGCUGGAGCAGCUGGAGAUAUGCCAAAAGUCUCUCACAGGGUACUUGGAGAAGAAACGGCUCAUGUUCCCGCGGUUCUUCUUCGUGUCGGACCCUGCCCUUCUGGAGAUCCUGGGCCAGGCAUCAGACUCCCACACUAUCCAAGCUCAUCUGCUCAAUAUCUUUGACAACAUAAAGACUGUCCGCUUCCAUGACAAGAUAUAUGACCGGAUCCUGGCCAUCUCCUCACGGGAGGGGGAAACGGUGGAGCUGGAGCGGCCAGUGAUGGCAGAGGGGAACGUGGAGGUUUGGCUGAACGCCCUGCUGAAGGAAUCGCGGCGUUCCCUGCACCUGGUCAUCCGACAGGCUGCCCUUGCCAUUCAAGACUCUGCCUUCCAGCUAAUAGAAUUCCUGGACUCCUUCCCUGCCCAGAUUGGUGUGCUGGGAAUACAGAUGAUCUGGACUAGAGAUUCCGAGGAAGCCCUGACCAAUGCGCGGUAUGACCGUAAGAUCAUGUCUAAGACCAACCAGAGCUUCCUGGAGCUUCUGAACACACUAAUUGACAUGACCACCAAGGACCUGGGCCCAGUGGAGCGGACAAAGUUUGAGACACUCAUCACCAUACACGUCCAUCAAAGGGACAUCUUCGAUGACUUGUGCCGACUUCAUAUCAAAAGCCCCACAGACUUUGAGUGGCUGAAGCAGUGCCGAUUCUACUUUAAUGAGGACUCAGACAAAAUGCUCAUUAACAUCACAGAUGUUGGGUUCAUCUACCAGAACGAGUUCUUGGGCUGCACAGACAGGCUGGUCAUUACCCCACUCACUGACAGGUGCUAUAUCACCCUAGCUCAGGCUCUGGGGAUGAGUAUGGGCGGGGCCCCAGCUGGCCCUGCUGGAACGGGCAAAACCGAGACCACCAAGGACAUGGGCCGGUGUCUGGGAAAGUAUGUGGUUGUGUUCAACUGCUCAGACCAGAUGGACUUCAGAGGACUGGGGAGGAUAUUUAAAGGCCUUGCGCAGUCAGGUUCCUGGGGCUGCUUUGAUGAGUUCAAUCGCAUCGAGCUCCCUGUGCUCUCAGUGGCUGCACAGCAGAUAGCCAUUGUGCUGACCUGUAAGAAGGAGCGGCGUAAAAACUUCAUCUUCACUGACGGGGACAACGUUGAGAUGAACCCAGAGUUCGGAAUCUUCCUGACCAUGAACCCGGGCUAUGCAGGUCGUCAGGAGCUUCCGGAGAACCUGAAGAUCAACUUCCGCUCAGUUGCUAUGAUGGUUCCAGACCGACAGAUCAUCAUUCGUGUGAAGCUGGCCAGCUGCGGUUUCAUCGACAACAUAGAGCUGGCGCGGAAGUUCUUCACCCUGUACAAACUGUGUGAGGAGCAGCUGUCCAAGCAGGUGCAUUAUGACUUUGGACUCCGGAACAUUCUGUCUGUCCUGCGCACGCUGGGAGCGGCUAAGAGAGCUAGCCCCAAUGACACAGAGUCCACCAUUGUCAUGAGGGUGCUGCGAGAUAUGAACCUGUCAAAACUAAUUGAUGAGGAUGAACCUCUGUUCCUGAGCUUGAUUGAGGACCUCUUCCCUGGGAUCCAGCUGGAUAAAGAAGGUUAUCCUGAGCUGGAGAAGGCCAUUGAUAAACAGGUUGCAGAAGCUGGUCUGAUCAGUCACCCUCCUUGGAAGCUGAAGGUUAUCCAGCUGUUUGAGACCCAGAGGGUUCGCCAUGGUAUGAUGGCCCUGGGUCCAAGUGGUGCUGGGAAGACCACGUGCAUCCACACCUUAAUGCGGGCCAUGACUGACUGUGGCCAGCCCCACAGAGAGAUGCGCAUGAAUCCCAAAGCCAUCACUGCACCCCAGAUGUUUGGCCGCCUUGAUGUGGCCACCAACGACUGGACAGACGGUAUUUUUUCCACUUUGUGGAGGAAAACUCUGAGAGCCAAGAAAGGUGAGCACAUCUGGAUUGUCCUAGAUGGUCCUGUGGAUGCCAUCUGGAUUGAGAACCUGAACUCAGUUUUAGACGACAACAGGACCCUAACUCUGGCCAAUGGUGACCGCAUCCCCAUGGCUCCCAACUGCAAGAUUGUCUUUGAGCCUCACAACAUCGAUAAUGCUUCCCCAGCCACAGUAUCCCGGAAUGGGAUGGUGUUCAUGAGCUCCUCUGUAUUGAACUGGAGCCCCAUCCUGGAGGGCUGGCUGAAGAAACGCUCAGCGUGUGAAGGAGAGGUGCUGAGAGAGCUGUACUCCGCCUCUUUCCCUGAGCUCUACCGUUUCAGCCUGCACUCCCUGGAGUAUAAGAUGGAUAUGCUGGAGGCCUUUAUGAUCAUGCAGAGCAUCAACAUGCUACAGGGCCUCAUUCCUCCGAAGGAACAGGGUGGGGAAAUUUCUCGGUCACACAUGGAGCGCCUGUACGUCUUCGCUCUAAUGUGGAGCGUUGGGGCCCUCCUGGAGCUGGAAGACCGCAGGAAACUGGAGAGCUGGCUCCGUAACCAUGACAGCAUCCACCUGGAUUUGCCUGAUGUGUGCCUGAACAGCGAGGACACCAUGUUCGACUUCCAUGUCACAUCAGAUGGUCAAUGGGUUCACUGGAGCACGCGGGUGGAGGAGUAUGUGUACCCAUCUGACAGCACACCAGAAUAUGGCUCCAUACUGGUGCCCAACGUAGACAACGUCAGAACUGACUUCCUCAUCCAGACCAUCGCCAAACAGGGCAAGGCCGUGUUGUUGAUUGGAGAACAGGGCACAGCUAAGACUGUUAUUAUCAAAGCGUUCAUGGGGAAGUAUGACCCAGAGUCCCACAUGGCUAAAAGCCUCAACUUUUCCUCAGCCACCACCCCUCUCAUGUUUCAGCGUACUAUCGAAAGCUACGUAGACAAGAGAAUGGGGACGACGUAUGGACCACCUGCUGGGAAGAAGAUGUCUGUAUUUGUAGAUGACAUCAACAUGCCUGUCAUCAAUGAGUGGGGAGAUCAGGUCACCAAUGAGAUAGUCCGCCAGCUGAUGGAACAGAGUGGAUUCUACAACCUGGAGAAACCGGGGGAAUUCACUAACAUUGUGGAUAUUCAGUUUCUGGCAGCCAUGAUCCAUCCUGGGGGUGGGCGCAAUGACAUCCCCCAGAGACUGAAGAGGCAGUUCUCCAUUUUCAACUGCACCCUGCCCUCCAACGCAUCCAUCGACAAGAUAUUUGGAGUAAUCGGGACAGGCCACUACUGCUCCCGACGCGACUUCCCAGAAGAGGUGUGCCACAUAGUGGCCAAGCUAGUGCCGCUGACCCGCCGGUUGUGGCAGAUGACCAAGGUUAAGAUGCUGCCCACGCCUGCCAAGUUCCACUAUAUCUUCAAUCUGAGGGACCUGUCCAGGAUCUGGCAGGGCAUGCUCAACACCACCGCUGAGGUGCUCAACUGCCAGGACGUUGUUCUGCAGCUGUGGAAACAUGAGUGUAAGAGAGUCAUCGCUGACCGCUUCACUAUUCCUGAGGAUGUGGCCUGGUUCGACCUGGCACUGGCCAAGCUGGUGGAGGAGGAGCUGGGUGAAGACUAUAAGGCUGUGGUGGAUUUUGAGGUGGACAGCUACUUUGUGGACUUCCUGCGGGAUGCACCCGAGGCUACAGGCGAGGAGCCAGAGGAUACAGAUUUUGACAUGCCAAAGGUUUAUGAGCCAAUAGAGUCCUUCGAGAGCCUGAUGGACAGGCUGGACAUGUUCCUGUCCCACUAUAACGAGAGCAUCAGAGGGGCAGGGAUGGAUAUGGUGUUCUUCAGGGAUGCCAUGACACACCUCCUGAAGGUGUCCCGUAUAAUCCGCACCCCACGAGGAAAUGCCCUCCUGGUUGGAGUGGGUGGUUCAGGCAAACAGAGCUUGACCAGACUGGCAUCAUUCAUUGCCGGGUACAAGACCUUUCAGAUCACAUUGACACGGUCCUACAACACAGCCAAUCUGAUGGAUGAUCUUAAGGGUCUGUAUAGGACAGCAGGCCAGCAGGGCAAAGGCAUCAGCUUCAUAUUCACCGAUAACGAGAUCAAGGACGAGGCCUUUCUGGAGUACAUGAAUAAUGUGCUAUCAUCAGGAGAAGUGUCAAACCUGUUUGCCAGAGAUGAGAUGGAUGAAAUUAUCAGUGACCUCAUUCCGGUAAUGAAGCGGGAGUUUCCCCGGCGACCGCCAACCAACGAGAACCUACACGAAUAUUUCAUGACUCGCGUCCGUCAGAACCUGCAUGUGGUGCUGUGUUUCUCUCCCGUGGGGGAAAAGUUCAGGAACAGGGCCCUGAAGUUCCCUGCCCUGAUUUCAGGCUGCACUAUGGACUGGUUCAGCCGCUGGCCCAAAGAUGCUCUGAUUGCAGUGUCAGAGCACUUCCUCUCAUCCUAUGACAUCGACUGCUCAUCUGAGGUGAAGGGAGAGGUGGUGCAGUGCAUGGGCUCCUUCCAGGAUGGAGUGGCAGAGAAGUGUGGGGACUACUUCCAGAGAUAUCGCCGCUCCACUCAUGUCACGCCAAAGUCCUACUUGUCUUUCAUUCAGGGCUACAAAGCCAUCUACAGUGAGAAACGGUCAGAGGUGCAGACCCUAGCCAACAGGAUGAAUACUGGACUACAGAAGCUGAAGGAGGCCUCUGAGUCCGUGGCUGCCCUCAGCAAGGAGCUGGAGGUGAAGGAGAAGGAGCUGCAGGUUGCCAAUGAGAAGGCUGACAUGGUGCUGAAGGAGGUGACAGUGAAGGCCCAGGCAGCGGAAAGGGUAAAGGUGGAGGUUCAGAAGGUGAAGGAUAAAGCCCAGGCUAUCGUGGACAGCAUCUCUGCAGACAAGGCCAUUGCUGAGGAGAAACUGGAGGCAGCCCGCCCUGCCCUGGAGGAGGCAGAGGCAGCACUGCAGACGAUUAAACCCUCGGACAUCGCCACGGUGCGCACAUUGGGUCGCCCCCCCCAUUUGAUCAUGCGCAUCAUGGACUGCGUGCUACUGCUGUUCCAGCGCAGGGUCAACACAGUGAAGAUGGACCCUGAGAAGAGCUGCACCGCCCCCUCUUGGCAGGAGUCCCUCAAACUCAUGACAGCAGGGAACUUCUUGGGGAGUCUGCAGCAAUUCCCGAAAGAUACCAUCAAUGAGGAAGUAGUGGAGCUCCUUAGUCCCUACUUUGAAAUGGCUGACUACAACAUUGAAACGGCCAGGCGUGUGUGUGGGAACGUGGCCGGACUCUGCUCAUGGACCAAAGCUAUGGCCUCAUUCUUCUCCAUCAACAAGGAGGUGCUUCCGCUAAAGGCUAAUUUGGCAGUACAAGAGAACAGAUUGGCCAUCGCUAACGAUGAUCUGCAGAAAGCACAGGCGGAGUUGGAUGACAAGCAAAAGGAGCUGGAUGUGGUUCAGGCCGAAUAUGAGACCGCCAUGAUGGAGAAGCAGACUCUGCUGGAAGAUGCGGAGCGCUGCAGGCACAAGAUGCAGAACGCGUCCAGCCUCAUCAGUGGCCUGGCCGGGGAGAAGGAGCGCUGGACAGAGCAGAGCAAGGAGUUCGCCGCGCAGACCAAGCGCCUUGUUGGUGAUGUCCUGCUGGCUACUGCUUUUCUGUCCUACUCUGGUCCCUUCAACCAGGAGUUCCGUAACUUGCUGCUCUCUGACUGGCAGCGGGAGAUGAAGAUGAGGCGUAUCCCUUUUGGGAACAACCUGAAUCUGAUUGAGCUGCUGAUAGAUGCCCCCACUGUCAGCGAAUGGACCCUGCAGGGACUGCCCAACGAUGACCUGUCCAUUCAGAACGGAGUCAUUGUUACCAAAGCUGCCCGAUUCCCCCUGCUUAUUGACCCUCAGACACAGGGCAAGAUCUGGAUCAAAAACAAGGAGGCCAAGAAUGAGCUGCAGAUCACUUCCCUGAAUCACAAGUACUUCAGAAACCAUCUAGAGGACAGCCUGUCUCUUGGGCGCCCCCUGUUGAUUGAGGAUGUGGGGGAAGAGUUGGACCCAGCACUGGACAACGUGCUGGAGAAGAACUUCAUUAAGACUGGUUCCACUUACAAGGUGAAAGUAGGAGACAAGGAGGUGGAUGUGAUGAGUGGGUUCCGCCUGUAUGUUACCACUAAGCUCCCGAACCCAGCAUACACUCCCGAAAUCAGUGCCCGGACGUCCAUCAUUGAUUUCACUGUCACCAUGAGGGGCUUGGAAGAUCAGCUGCUUGGCCGGGUCAUCCUGACAGAGAAACAGGAGCUGGAGAAGGAGCGGACGGACCUUCUGGAGGACGUGACAACCAACAAGCGCAAGAUGAAGGAGCUGGAGGACAACCUUCUGUUCCGGCUGAGCAGCACACAGGGCUCCCUGGUCGAUGACCAGAGUCUGAUCGUCGUCCUGGGCAACACAAAACGAACGGCAGAGGAGGUUACGCUGAAGCUGCAAAUUGCCACGGAGACAGAGAUUCAGAUCAAUGCUGCUCGGGAAGAGUACCGGCCUGUGGCCACCAGGGGCAGCAUCCUGUAUUUCCUGAUCACAGAGAUGAGCAUGGUCAAUGUCAUGUAUCAGACUUCCCUUCGUCAGUUCCUGGGCCUCUUUGAUCUCUCCCUGGCCAGGUCAUUAAAAAGCCCAAUUACGAGUAAGAGGAUAGCCAACAUUAUAGAAUACAUGACCUUUGAGGUGCACAGGUAUGCUGCCCGAGGCCUUUACGAGGAGCACAAGUUUCUCUUCACUCUCCUUCAGACAUUGAAGAUUGAUAUGCAGAGCAACCGUGUGAAACAUGACGAGUUCUUGACCCUCAUCAAAGGUGGUGCCUCCCUGGAUCUGAAAGCCUGUCCUCCUAAACCUGCCAAGUGGAUUUUGGACAUGACCUGGCUGAACUUGGUGGAACUCGGCAAACUCUGGCAGUUCUCUGACAUUCUAAAUCAGAUCGGCAGAAACGAGAAGCAGUGGAAAACUUGGUUUGAUAAAGAGGCCCCAGAGGAGGAAGUGCUCCCUAGUGCUUAUGACCAAGGCCUGGACUGUUUCCGUCGCCUGCUUCUCAUCCGCUCCUGGUGCCCUGACAGGACCAUCGCUCAGGCCCGGAAGUAUAUCAUGGACUCGAUGGGGGAGCGAUAUGCCGAGGGUGUGGUUCUCGACCUGGAGAAAACAUGGGAGGAGUCAGACCCCCGAACCCCUUUGAUCUGCUUCCUGUCCAUGGGCUCUGACCCCACAGAUUCAAUCAUCGCACUGGGAAAGAGGCAAAAGAUUGACACCCGCUAUGUGUCCAUGGGCCAAGGGCAGGAGGUCCAUGCCCGCAAACUUCUGCAACAGAGCAUGGCUAAUGGAGGCUGGGCCCUGCUACAGAACUGUCACUUGGGACUGGACUUUCUGGAUGAGCUGAUGGACACUAUCACAGAGACAGACACGGUCCACGAGACCUUCCGUUUGUGGAUGACCACCGAAGUCCACAAGAACUUCCCCAUUACUCUGCUGCAAAUGUCAAUCAAAUUCACCAAUGAGCCCCCACAGGGGCUAAAGGCUGGACUAAAGAGAACAUAUGGAGGCAUUAACCAGGACCUCCUGGAUGUCAGUAACAUGGUUCAGUGGAGGCCCAUGCUGUACGCUGUGGCAUUUCUUCACUCCACAGUCCAGGAGAGGAGAAAGUAUGGUCCCCUGGGCUGGAACAUCCCGUACGAAUUUAACCAGGCUGACUUCAAUGCUACAGUGCAGUUUGUGCAGAACCACCUGGAUGACAUGGACAUCAAGAAGGGUGUGUCUUGGUACACGGUACGCUACAUGAUCGGAGAGAUUCAGUACGGAGGAAGAGUGACUGAUGACUAUGACAAACGUCUCCUGAAUACAUUUGCAAAGGUCUGGUUCAGUGAGAGCAUGUUUGCAGGGGACUUUGUCUUCUACAAGGGCUACAGCAUACCCAAGUGCAACAAUGUGGAUCAGUACCUCCAGUACAUCCAGGGUUUACCUGCUUAUGACACCCCAGAAGUGUUUGGCCUGCACCCCAAUGCUGACAUCACCUACCAGAGCAAGCUGGCCAAGGAUGUGCUGGACACCAUCCUCAGCAUCCAGCCCAAAGACAGCUCCAGCGGGGGAGGGGAAACUCGGGAGGCCAUUGUAGCACGACUGGCAGACGACAUGCUGGACAAACUUCCAUCAGACUAUGUUCCUUUUGAGGUGAAGGAGAGGCUGAGGAAGAUGGGCCCGCUCCAGCCCAUGAACAUCUUCCUGCGUCAGGAGAUCGACCGGAUGCAGCGGGUGAUCGCGCUGGUCAGGAACACCCUGACGGACCUGAAGCUGGCCAUCGACGGGACCAUCAUCAUGAGCGAGAGCCUGCGCGAUGCGCUGGACUGCAUGUAUGACGCACGCAUCCCAACGCGCUGGAAGAGGGCAUCUUGGGCCUCCAGUACGCUGGGAUUCUGGUUUACUGAACUGCUGGAGAGGAACCGACAGUUCCAAGCCUGGAUUUCUGAAGGACGACCCAACUGCUUCUGGAUGACUGGGUUCUUCAAUCCACAGGGCUUCCUGACAGCUAUGAGACAGGAAAUUACACGAGCUAACAAGGGCUGGGCGCUGGACCGCAUGGUGCUGUGCAAUGAGGUCACCAAAUGGAUGAAGGAUGACAUCACCCAGCCCCCUGCGGAGGGCGUGUACGUGUAUGGCCUGUACCUCGAAGGUGCUGGCUGGGAUCGCAGGAACUGCAAGCUCAUCGAUUCCAAACCCAAAGUCCUGUUUGAGAUGAUGCCUGUUAUCAGGAUGUAUGCUGAGAACAACGGUACAAAAGAUCCUCGCCUGUACUCCUGUCCCAUUUACAAGAAACCUGUGCGGACAGACCUGAAUUAUAUCGCUGCUGUCGAUCUGCGUACUGUCGUACCACCAGAACACUGGAUCCUGCGAGGAGUGGCUCUGUUGUGUGAUGUCAAAUAAGCUUCCAAAGACACGCAGAACAAGU